AUGAAGUCUUUCGCUCUGCUCUCCCUGUUCGUUGUCUCGGCGUUUGCCGGCGAGAUCCUGCACGAGCCUCUGGUGAACCCACUGCCCUCGUUCAGCCAGGAGCAGAACACGGCCACUGGCGAGUACGGCUACAGCUACCAUGGUGGCCCCUCGGCCAAGACUGAGUUCCGUGCCUCGGACGGCACCACCACUGGCACCUACAGCUACGUCGACGCCCACGGCCUGCUGCAGACGGUCAACUACAUCGCCGAUGAAUUCGGCUUCCGUGCCGCGGGAAGCAACAUCCCCAGCGACGGGGUCAGCGCCCUCGAUGCCCACUUGACCGAGCAAUCGCGCCAGACCCUGAACGCUCUCAGCCAGAGGAAGAAGCGCGGCAUCUUCGUCGAGCCCAUUCUCGCAGCCGCCCCCGCCGCCCACCUACCCGUGGCCAGCUCCCACCAGAGCCGCUUCCAGAUCCACAACGGAGCCAAGAUCAUCGAGGAAGUGCGCAGCCCGGUGAUCGCCAGCGCGCACCACGUUCCUCUGCUCUUCCGCAAGAAGCGCGGCAUCUACACCGCCGAGGCUCCGCUGCCGCCCACCACCGCCAAGAUCCUUGACGAGCUCGCCCCGAAGCCUGUGCUCGUGCACGCCGCCCCUACCGCCGUGGAGGUGCGCACCGCGCUGCCCGCCGUCGCCACCACCUCCUACACCCAGCACUUGCCGGUGGCCACCUCCAGCCAGAGUCGCUUCCAGCUCCACAACGGCGCCAAGAUCUUCCAGCAGACCAGCCUGCCCGUCUUCGCCCCGAUCUUCCCGGCUCACUUCGCUCCGUCCUUCCCGGCUCACUUCGCCCCAGCGUUCCCGGCUCACCCCGUCGCACCCGCCUUCCCCGCGUCCCAGGCCGUGAUCGCCGACGGCGACAGCAUCACCGUCGAGAGUGCCUAG